GGACAUUUCAACAUUCCAGUGAAUUUGGCCUACCAUAAACCAGUCUGCAGCGCAACGGACAAGGAGUGUUUCGUCUAUGCUCUGAACAGUUUGAUUUUUGUAUUGAGAUCACUGAACUUGAGGCUGACAUAAUGGCAACAGGUUACACACGGUUUGAGAAUGAUGCCACGCCCCAUCCCAUUGCUGGGCCCCCAGCGGGGCAAGUUCAUGCCACGCCCCCACCUUACUUCGGCGGACCUCCAGGUAGCACACCGGCCAUUUGCUCUCAGCCUCAGACUUUUUACGCGAAUGUGGCGCCCAUGCAGCCAGUAGUAGAUGUUCCCGUCCCGGUCGUCGUCGAGAAUUACAUUGGGUGUGCCGUCAUUGCUCUGCACUGUUGCCCCGUGUUUGGAAUUGCAGCCUUGGUCUUUUCUUGCAUGGUGCGCCCACGUUUGCAAGCUGGAGACAUCGAAGGCGCAAAGUGUGCCUCGAAAAGUGCGCUGGUUCUCAGUCUCCUCAGUGUUUUGUUUGUCAUGGUAACGACCAUUAUCGUGGUGAUCUUUUGGAUGGUCGUGGGCUUUUCACAUAAAUGAUUCGGUAUAUGAGACACCGUUAUCAUCAUCAGAAGAAUAAAGAAAAAACAAUGUAGACAUUUUCAACUCGGUAAAAGUACCUUUGUUUUUUCUUGAAAAAAAAAUAAGCCAUGAACAUUCUUGGUAUCACGAAAUGCGAUGUCUUCUAUAGAACUCCAUAUUGAGGACCAAUCGUUGGAAAUUCAUUACAUACUUCUCAAAUGACAGCAGGCAAGUUUGUUAUAUACCUAUCCAUUAUGUUACUUUUGGAAUACAUGCUAUGUGUUAUUGUACUGAUCAUUCUCACCGCUAAUUAACACUCUAAAAAGCCAGUACAGUGGCUGGUGGUAUGCGAAUAUAAAGGCAUAUGUUAUAAAGCUUUUCAUUCAUGUUGCUGAUGGUUUUAGUUCCAACAACACAACUGGAAGUUUAAAGAAGACUGUUCAAAAUCUAAACUGUUAAAUGUUCAAAACCAAUAACAUGUAGUCGUUUUCAACUCAGUUAAGACUCUUCAUGUUUUGUCCCCAGCUAUAUUAUGUGUGCCAGCUAUAGAGACUGUGUGCCAAUCAGGAAAUUUGUAUCCUGUGUGAAUGUCAAAACCAUCUGUUAUGGUCACAUGGUCUUAUGCUUUCUGUAGUUCAUAUAAACAGUAAACAGUGUUGUUUAAACAUAACUGAAAACAAUCCCCAAUGUCCAAUUGUGCAAACUCAAACAUGAUUGCAAAGCUCAAUUCGUUGCUCAUAACAUCAACCUUGAGGUUGAUUAAAACAAUUGAGCCCCCACCCCACAUCCCUCUUGAAAUUCGUGGACUACAACUUCUCAACAUCCCCCAAAAUCCUCGAUCUGAUUUCCUGACUUCGUUUAAUAAACAUUGAGCAUUGAGCAUUAGCCCUGCUUUAGACUAUUAAGCAUAAUCUUUAGACUAUUAAGUAUAAGCUUAUGUUUGAUUUUAUUUUGUAUUGUUUUGCUUUGGUUUCUUCUUUCUACUGAAAAAUGUUGGAUUCUUUAAGAAGUUGAAAACAGUGCAGCCACUUGCACCAGUUGUAUCCUGCUGCAUUCGGUGACCACAGACUCUGAGGCAUUUGGCCUUGAGACUUUUGACAUGAUGGAUAUCUUGCUACACUGAACAGGCUUGUCAUUUCAACAGAUGUUGCAUGUUGCUGCAUUUAGCAUUAUACAAUGUAUUAUAAAUAGAACUACCAUGUAUGUGUACAUGUAUGCAUGUUUGAUUUUAAAAGUGCUUUUUUGGUUACUCCAUUGUAGCUAAAUAGCUGCAAACGACACUUUUUGUGGAGGGUGCAAUUGUUUAAAUAGAUUCUUUACACAGUAUGGUAAAAAAAUCAUAUUGGAAUUUGGUCUUUUUAGGUUCAGGUUCAGGUUCAGUUUCAAUUUUAUGUCCAUACUAUAAGGUAAGUUGAAUACUGUAAAUUUGGGCAAAUUUUAACGGAACCUAAAAUAAUAGCAUGGGGAGGUCAGACAAAAAGCCGAAGCUUGUACUGGGUAUUCCCCUUAACGAUUAAUUCAAAGAGUGAUUAAUAACAAUAAUAGAUGUUAUUAUAUUAAAUUAAUGAAACAAUGACCUAAUACAUUUACCUUAUGAGAGCCUUGACAUGUAUGAUUCCCACGAUAUCCUAUUUGGAUAUGAAAGGCGUACACAAGUGUUCCUACAUUCAUGUGAAAGUGACGCAUGCUUUCAUCUAUGUCGGUGCUUUCCCUGCAUGUAUUGUGCAAUACCAAGAGGGAUUUUUCUGAGGUAGUGUAUUGUGUUGGUUUCUUUGCAUCUGUAUGGAUUUCUGCAGGGCGAUAGCCUUUCAUUCUGUGCAUUCAGGGAUGCAAUAAGAGCAUAGUUGAAUCCCUGUUAUUGUCAUGGGGCUAUUGACGACAGCUGAUUACCCGGCUUCAGUUAAUGGUACUUGUCCUAGCCUUGCUCAGUUGGAAAAAAAUGCAUUCCAUGUAUUUCCCCCAACAAAAGGGAAAGACCAAACCCACGACCUGCUGCUUACUAAUGCAGACGUCUUACCACUCGACAACCGAGCUUGCUGAGGUCGGCUGGCUAAUUUGCUUUCCUUUUGAAGCUUGAUACACCCUUCCUGUAUUAAUAAGAAGGAUGAAGAAAAAAAAACAAUUGUGCGAUGCGACGUUUGGAAGGAUCAUAACCUACAUUAUCCUAAAUUGUAAUUUUGCAAUUACAUUAAAAACAGUAUUGUUUUUGGUUGUGUUCGUCAUACAUAAUAUUAAAAAAAGGAUAUGUACAAAAACAGUAAUUUUAGGAUUGAAUAACAAUGAAGGAUACAGAAAGAUGCAUAUGUUA